AAAUUCUAUGUUGUAGUAGCUUGUACCUGUCCAGCUCUAGUCAUAAACCCAACCAAACCAACCCAUCAGUAAGAUCAGAGGUGUGUACGAUAAUUAACCAAAACUGAAGAUAUAAUUUGAUACUAAUUUCCUCUAAUAGGGAGAGUAAUUAAAACGGCAAUAUUUGACAGCUUGCAGCAGUUACCACUACAAUUUAUAGUGACAGUUUUUAGUUUAGACAACAAGAGUUGAAACUCAAUACACACUAUCGGAGGAGAAGAAGAAGAAGAAGAAAUGGAGUUUCAGCAACAGCAACACCACCACCGUAACAACAACAAUUCAUCAUCACCACAAUGUUCGACCAAUUCAAACUCUUCCUCCACCACCUCUUCCAUAACCAACAACCCUAACAGAAUCAACUCCAACGACCCUAUGCACUCAUGGUGGGAAUCCGUUUCCAAAGCCCGUUCACGUAUCCACUCACUCGCCACCAUUCUCCCUAACCACACCCACACACUCUCUUCCCUCGCCGAUUCCGAACGUCCUGCUCUCUCUCUCCUCUCUUCCCCCACCGCUUACUCCGCCCUCUCUUCUUCCCUCUCCGGUUCCCACUCCGAUCCCCUCUGUCACUGGCUUUAUGAUACUUUCCUUUCCUCCGAUCCUCAUCUCCGUCUUGUUAUCCUCUCCUUCAUCCCUCUUCUCUCCGGUCUGUAUCUCUCACGUGUCCAUUCCUCCGAUCCACCUUCCCUCGCUGGUUUCGAAGCUGUUCUUCUCGCUCUUUACGCCGCUGAAACCAAAUCUAGAGCUGGUAAACCUUUAAUUGUUACCAUCCCUGAUCUCUCCGUUCCGUCAAUUUACCAUUCUCCUCUCCGUAAAUCUCCUGUAAACCCUAAUCCUAAUCCCUCCGUCGGUGUAAUUUCACCUCCUCUUGAACCUCAUCUUGCUGUUAAAUCAACUAAACGUGCUUGCAUCGUUGGUGUUGCUCUUCAUUCUUAUUUCACUCAGAUCUCUCAUAUGCCGUCUUGGUCAAAGCUCGAAUUUUGCAGAUUUGCAGCCGGUUGGGCCGGUCAGGACUGUCCUUGCCGGAGAGAAUUCGAUCAAAUUGAAAACCUAAACAACACUCUAGCUUUAAGCAAUGGUGAUAGUAACGGUAAUGGUAAUGGUGAGAGUGAUGUUGAGAUUGAGGAAGUUGCAGAAGUGAUGAGGAAUAUGGAAAUUCAUGAUCCUGAUUGUGAAUCUCCAAAAGGAAUUGCUAAAGGAGAUAGAAUUCCUUUACCUUGGGAGAUACUUCAACCUGCAUUGAGAAUUCUAGGACACUGUUUAAUGGGUCCAUUGAAUUCUCAAGAGGUUAAAGAUGCUGCUUCUUUUGCUGUUAGGUGUUUGUAUGCAAGAGCUUCUCAUGAUUUGGUGCCUCAAGCAAUACUUGCUACAAGGAGUCUCAUUCAGCUCGAUAACCGGAGUAGAGAUGCUGCUACAUCGGCUGCUGCUGUUUCGUCGAAUGUCAACACACCUACCAAAGCCAAGAAACCUGAAAUACUUCUUGUUUCAAAGUGAUUAUAAGAUAAGAUAACCCUUGCUGUAUCUCUGUAUAGUAUAUGGGUAGUGAUGUUUCAACAACAUUUUAUCUAUUCUAGCUUUAUAGUUUAUACUCUAGCUGUAAGCAUAGUUCCUGGUUGAAUUAUAGAUUCUUUAUAGUUGUGAGUUUUUGCCCCUUAGUUAUUUUGUUUUUAAGUUUAUGUAUAUUUUAUUUUCUGUUGAUUAGUUAUCUGUUUUAACAUUGGUUCUCGGUAAAAUUAUCGUGUGCUAUUGAUUGUGCUAUUGUUUGGUUGUAAUUGUAAUGCAAAUGAAUUUGCUAUUCAUGUGUGGUGUGAAUCAUUGUUGAACUUUAGCUGUAAAGAUUGAGGAGAAUGAAUGAUAUGUUUUUUGUGAGCCAUAA